AUGCUUAGUAAUCCCUAUUUUAAGUCCGUUUUGUGGCUGAUUGGCUUCGGAGGAAUGGGCUACGGUUUAAUGCUGCUAACCGAGCCGAACGUCGAGAAAAUAGAGCGCAUCAAAGCCUCCGUUUCAAGAACCAAACUGAGUGAAGAUGACCAGCGAAAGGCACUGUUUAUGAAGAAGCUGCACGAGGCGUCCACCACCAGUGCCCCAAUCUACAGGUCAUCGGCAGAUAAAUAGGAUAGUUAGGAAGCUUUAUUGUCAGCAAUUUAUCAAUUUGUUAUUCUUUUUAAAUAUAAAUGUUAAGCAUUUA